GGGAUGGCCAGCAUCCAAGGACACCUCGUCCGCCCAGUGCUCUGUCCUGGGAAGAAAUCAAAGGGUCAUCAGCCCAGGGUGGACAAGGGCGGCGCGCAACUACCACAGUUAUUGAUUUUUCCGCGGACAGCUGAUGACUCUGUCUUGCAAUCAAUAGCCAGACUAUCCGAAAUCGGCUCCUACAACGUGAAGUCGUAGACUUGUCGGUGAAGACAACAACUGCUGCAGCCUUUUUCGAUCCCAUUCGUGACAUCUCAGGCCCAGGCACGACUUGCCAUCAUUGUGACGUAAACACGGAAUACAUGACUCCCACCAGAUACUCAGAUGUUUCUACUGGCGACGCUCUACCCAUCGACGUAGAGUCCCAUGCGUCGUGCAACAGCAAGGAAUCAUCGAAGCCACUACUCGGACACGUCGCAAGAGGCCAGAGCCCUCGUCAAUGGAGAAAUGUUGUCUUGUACAUCGGCACGCACUUGGCAGUCGCAGUCAUAACCGCGUUUCUCGUUGCUUCGUUAUCAAGAAAACAAUCUGACGACUUUCUUCUUCCAUCUCCGAUUCCUCGUGAUGUGAACCGGACGCCAUACAUUGCCUCCUUCGACCUGCCUUUCCUGAAGCACAAUAUAUAUCGACAGCCACCAAGCCCUGAAGUCGAUGCCGCGUGGGAUGACCUAGGCGCCUCGUUAGAGAAUGUCUUGGUGUCCCAAGAGGAUGCUCUCAAGGCGGGUCUUCGUCCUGAAAUGGCCCAUCUCAAUCCCGAGUAUGGAGCUGAAUACCCCGUUCACGUGGAAGCCAUUCACGGUAUCCACUGCUUGAACAACCUACGCAGGUCACUAUACUGGAAUUACGAAUAUUACCGCGACACUGGUAUUGGAGGAUACAACAUCUCUGAUAGCCGUCUGAGAAUACACACGACACAUUGUCUCGACGCUAUUCGCCAGCGAUUGAUGUGUGCCGCGGAUGUGGGACUCGUGGGAAGUUCCUGGUAUCGUUUGUAUAACGGAGAACUUCGCCCGCUACCAGACUUCAAUUAUCCUCGAGUUUGCAGGAAUUAUACAGAGGUGCUGGAAUGGACGCGAUCACGCCAGAUAACAAGCAACGAUUUCCUCAGCUCACCGGAUGACUGGAUCGCUCGACCAGUGGGCGAUGAGCCUUGGAUCAAGCCAUGGAUAUAG